AAUCACUAUCCUCUUCUUUCUCCUAGUUACUAGAGAUGAUCCACGAUCAAGCAGCAGGAGGUGGCAGUAAUGGAGGCCAAGGUCAAUCAGCAACGGCAGGUGGAGGACGAGGACUACAGCAUCAUCAUGAGCAUCAACAGCCGGCGGCAAUGGCAGUAGUACCCCCUGGAUUCAGAUUUCAUCCAACAGAUGAGGAACUUCUCUAUUAUUAUUUAAGAAAGAAGGUGGCUUAUCAAGUCAUUGAUCUCGACGUUAUCCGUGACGUUGAUCUCAACAGACUCGAACCAUGGGACCUUAAAGAUAAGUGUAGGAUUGGAUCAGGGCCUCAGAAUGAAUGGUAUUUCUUCAGCCACAAAGACAAGAAAUACCCAACUGGAACACGAACUAAUCGCGCCACAAAUGCUGGGUUCUGGAAAGCAACUGGCAGAGAUAAGGCUAUUCAUCACCUCAACAACUCUAAGCCAAUAGGCAUGAGAAAAACCCUAGUUUUUUACACUGGACGAGCCCCUCACGGACAAAAAACCGACUGGAUUAUGCAUGAAUAUCGCCUUAUCGAUGAUAACCAUAAUUCAUCAGCAUCUUCUUCACUCAAUGAUAAGGAUGAUCAUUACGAUCAUGGUCAUCAUCAAGUUCAGCAGGAAGAGGGGUGGGUUGUUUGUCGGGUAUUCAAAAAAAAGACUCAUCAAAGAGGUUUCCAAUCUGAACUAGGAGCUGAUGCUGACGAUGAUCAUCAGCAAGCUCAUUCACACUACAAAAACCACAUGAUCAAUAUUAACGGACCGCCGACUGCUGGCGUCGGUGGGACGCCAGUUCAUAGUUAUCACCAAUAUCAAAUGAUGUCAGCUGAGCCGAAAAGUAAUAAUCAUAAUUUCCAUCACCCAUAUCAAGAUUUUAGCACGACAACCUUAUUGGAUGGCUCUAUGAACCUCCCACAGUUGCUUAGCCAAGAAUCAUCGUCAGCUGUUAGCGUUCCACCUACAACAUUUCUACACCAACCAGCUGUUUCACUGAACAACCUCGACAUCGAGUGCUCUCAAAACCUAAUGAAAUUAACAGCUCAAAGCGGUAUUGUCGCUGGCGCCACCGUCACCACGGGACUCACAAAUACUAUACCUAACCAUCAUCACCAUCACCAUACACGGCAACAAGAAGAAGAUCAUGGCAACAACAAUGGCGGCCGGUACACUGGUAAUAGUAAUAGCGAUUGGUCUUUUUUGGACAAACUUCUUUCUUCUUCAUCUUCUUCUACAAAUCAUUAUCAUCAUAGCGUGGAUCAGUUAAAUCUUAGCCAAACUGCUAAUUCCUUUCAGAUGAAAUUCCCAUUUCAUCAAUACCUUGGUGUUGGUGAAACAGAUGUUAUUAAGUUUUCCAAGUAA